AUGUCAAAUCUUCGGCAGCGCAGCCGGAACUUAAGGACUGCAGUGAGGAGGUCUGUGUCCUUCCACAAGGCGGAUGUUCCUGACAGUUAUCUCCUGGACGACGGAACAGGCCUCCGAGCCAUCCACCACCUUCUCAGCUUCCGGGACCAGGAGCUCUGGUUCUUUAACCCAGGGGCUUCCGUGGAGUGCGGCUACUGCAACUGCGUCUGUCCGCAGGCGUUUGGCAAGCUGUGCGGAGGAGCAGGGCGAUCGCAGUUUGCGCAGACGGAGUUCGUCUGCCACAGAUGCACAAUGCAGAUGGGCAUGGACCAGGACCAGGAGCAAGCCACCGAGGAGCCCGUUGAGGUCUCCGCUGCCGAAGAGGCGGUUGGAGCUUCGACUGGGCCAUGGGACAACCCCCAGAGUGGCUGGGGCGACUGGGCUGGCACCAGUGAGUGA